AUGGCCCUGGCUAACACUGUUAGGGAUCAUCUCGUCAGCAGAUGGAUACGUACUCAGCAAUACUACUACGAGAAGGAUCCAAAGAGAGUAUAUUACCUUUCGCUCGAGUUCUACAUGGGCCGCACCCUAUCGAACACCAUGAUGAACCUCGGUCUCCAAGCUACUGUCGACGAAGCGCUUUAUCAGCUUGGACUGGAAAUUGAAGAGCUACAAGAGAUAGAAGAAGACGCUGGACUUGGAAAUGGAGGUCUCGGGCGUUUAGCGGCCUGUUUUCUUGAUUCCAUGGCCACCCUGGGCAUACCAGCCUAUGGGUAUGGACUUCGAUACGAAUACGGAAUCUUCAAGCAAUUGAUCAAGGACGGAUGGCAGGUGGAAGAACCUGACGACUGGCUCCGCGUUCAGGUACCAUGGGCAGAAGCACGGCCCGAGUACAUGUUGCCUGUCAACUUCUACGGAAAAGUGGUCAAGGAUGAAAAAGGCAGAGCUGAAAACCAUUUCCAUUUAAAGUUCUUUAAUGACGGCGACUACGUGCAAGCCGUAAUGGAUCGCAAUCUCUCGGAAAACAUUACCCGUGUCCUCUAUCCUAACGACAACGUUUGCUGCGACGUUCUUAAAGAGUAUCAUACGACGGUUCAAAUCGAAUGCACUCACGAAGUUAUACGAUUUGAUGCAUUCCCUGAUAAGGGUGGUGUGGUCGUGGGCCAAGGCACUGGGACAUUUGCGUUAAAACGUUUGCCUAUACUAACCACACCUUGCUGCCCGAGGCCUUGGAAAAGAUGGCCUGUGUCCAUGCUUCAGAAUAUGCUUCCUCGUCAUCUCGAAAUCAUUUAUGAAAUCAAUCAGAAGUUCAUGGAGGCAGUAGCUGCUCGUUAUCCUGGCGAUUUUAGCAGAAUGCGUCGUAUGUCCAUUGUUGAAGAGGCUGAUCAAUUUGGAGAGAAGCGGAUCAAUAUGGCUCACUUGUGCAUUGUUAGCUCGCAUGCUACCAACGGAGUCGCUGCUUUGCAUUCUGAUUUGCUGAAGAGUACCACGUUCAAGGACUUCCACGAGAUGUUCCCAGGCAGGUUCCAGAACAAAACAAAUGGUAUCACUCCCGCCGUUGGCUUCUUUCUCUCGAAUCCCUCGCGUAGGCUUGACGUUAUUGCUGAGAGUAAGAAUCAAUUUUCCAGAAAAUCGGGGGAGAACUGGAUUACAAAUCUGGAUGAGCUGCAAAAGCUGAAGGAAUUUGUGAAUAACCCAGGAUUUUUAGAUCAAAUUCGUCGCGUGAAACAGGAGAACAAGAUGCGUGUUGCCCAGUAUCUCGAGGAAGAAUAUAACGUAGAAGUGAAUCCAGCAAGUAUAUUUGAUAUUCAUGUGAAACGUAUUCACGAGUACAAGCGGCAGUUGCUGAAUAUUCUUCACGUUAUUGCGUUGUACAAUAGAAUCAAAGCUGAUCCAAACGUCGAUAUAGUGCCCAGAACGUUCCUAUAUGGCGGAAAGGCUGCACCUGGCUACCAUAUGGCAAAACAAAUCAUCCGCUUGAUUACUAGUGUAGGAGAACUCGUGAAUAAUGACCCCAUCGUUGGGGAUAAAAUCAAGGCAAGUUGUGAU